UCCUUUACCAAGAGCUCCUUGACCAAUGCUAAAACUGCCAAAGCUUUUGUGCGCGUGUGGAAAGUUAUGGAGAUGUGCUUUCAGAUUCUGCUUCAAGGAAAGCGAGUCACUCAAAGAGAGCUCUUCUAUAAACUGCUUUGUGAUUCGCCUGACUACUUUUCUUCUCAGCUUGAAGUCAACCGAAGCGUCCAAGAUGUGGUGGCACUUUUACGUUGCAGUAGAUUCAGUCUUGGGAUUAUGGCUUCUACCAGAGGCCUUGUUGCUGGAAGGUUAUCUCUACAAGAACCAGGUAAGGAAGCUGUAGACUGUUCAGCCUGUGGUUCUUCUGGGUUUCCUAUCUCAGGAGACUUGAAUUUGCUAGACAACACCAUCAUCACAAGCGAUGCUCGCUAUAUCAUUCUUGUCGAAAAGCAUGCGAUAUUUCAUCGGCUUGUGGAAGAUCGUGUGUUCAAUCACAUUCCUUGUGUGUUCAUCACUGCAAAAGGGUAUCCGGACAUUGCCACAAGGUUUUUCCUUCAUCGGAUGAGCAUAACAUUUCCUCAUCUCCCAAUUCUUGCUCUAGUAGAUUGGAAUCCAGCUGGGUUAGCUAUACUAUGCACCUUCAAGUUUGGAAGCGUAGGAAUGGGUCUUGAAGCUUACAGAUAUGCUUGCAAUGUUAAGUGGAUUGGGCUGCGAGGAGAUGAUCUCAACCUGAUACCCCAAGAGUCUUUGGUUCCUCUUAAGCCAAAGGACUCGCAGAUUGCUAAAAGCUUAUUGUCCUCCAAAAUCUUGCAGGAAAACUACAGAGAGGAGUUGUCACUGAUGAUCGAAACUGGUAAGAGAGCUGAGAUAGAAGCACUGUAUUGCCAUGGUUAUAACUAUCUCGGGAAAUAUAUAGCCACCAAGAUCGUACAGGGCAAAUACAUAUAACAACG